UUCACACCUCUCGCUGUCGACAACCCAUCGCGAUCCCGUUCGCGCCAUCGCCCAUCAUGUGUACGUUCUAUGCCUUUUCCUAAGCCAUCUGGAGUCUAUCCGUGUGGCUUUCGGUGUUCUGUCUGUGUUCUGGAUGGGGGAGAUUUGAGGAAGGAAGUUGGGACAUGAGACCGUCGAAAUGUCAUACGGAUAAGAAGAAGAAGAAGAAGAAGAAGAAGAAGAAGAAACAAAACAAUACAAAAAGAACUCUACGAAGGAAUGGAAAUGGCUGACUUGGAUUGUUUCAAAUUUACAGCGCUCGUGUCCGGCGAGAAGACGAACUUCCAGUACAUCUUGCGUCUGCUCAACACCAAUGUUGACGGCAAGCAGAAGAUCAUGUACGCCUUGACCCAGAUCAAGGGUGUUGGUCGCCGUUACUCCAACUUGGUCUGCAAGAAGGCCGAUGUUGACCUCAACAAGCGUGCCGGUGAACUCACCACCGAAGAGCUCGAGCGUGUCGUCACCAUCCUCCAGAACCCCACCCAGUACAAGAUCCCCUCGUGGUUCCUCAACAGACAGCGCGACAUCACCGAUGGCAAGGACUCCCAGGUUCUGUCCAACGCUCUCGACAGCAAGUACCGUGAGGAUCUCGAGCGCCUGAAGAAGAUCCGCUCCCACCGUGGUCUUCGUCACUACUGGGGUCUCCGUGUCCGUGGACAGCACACCAAGACCACCGGUCGCCGUGGCCGCACCGUCGGUGUCAGCAAGAAGAAGGGCUAAGUCAUACGGUUUAUCGUUGUUUGCUUUCAUUCCUUUCUGCUUGCUGGAGUGGAUCGAGCGGUCAGGGAUGCGAAGGUUUUUCUUGUGUAUGUUGGUUGGUGUGUUUUAACGAAUACCUAUAGUGGGACCAGGUGUUGAUCAUUAAAAAAGGCAGCACGGGGUCCAUAAAAUGAAAAAGAACCAUACCAAUAUGAAAUCAAAAAAAUUAAGUCAAAUUUCAUGAGGCC